CACAAGCUGUGCGGCAUGUAGAAGGUCACACGCGUUGUUUUUUAGCGUAGUCUGAUUGAAAUGUAAGUAAUGUAGUGGUUAUAAUUAUUAGCGUCGAUACAUCUCAUAUUAUGCUCACUAUCUUAAAUAUGCCGCCGAUAACUAGAGAGAACGCCGGGCUGUAAAUCACUUGUUUCCUCUUUCCCUCCAGCAUUCGUUAAAACAUAGCAUCGUUGAAUUAUUGCCACUAUGUUGAGGGGUCUUGCUAGAUUUUACUGUAGGUUUGGAGGUGGAUUGUCCCUCUGUAAACCAGCGCAAGGUAAACAAAUAAGUACAGUAAACUACUCCACAGCAACAUCAGAAAGAAAGAGAUUUUAUCAAGAUGUCAGUAUAUCACAAGGUGAAGGUGGACUGUAUGAGAUAAACCUAGAUCGAAGGAAACUGAAGACACCUGGAGGAAAGUUGUUCACAGCACCAAAUGAAGCUCUGGCCAUCGCAGUAGCUACUGAAUGGGAUGCACAAAGAGAUACGCUGAAAUUUUAUACCAUGCAUCUGACCACUUUAUGCAACACAGCUCUGGACAAUCCAACUCAGCGCAACGAGGAUCAGAUGAUCAGCGGAGCUCUAAAAUUCCUGGAAACUGAUACAGUCUGUUACAGAGUAGAAGAGCCUCACGGUUUGGUGGAGCUUCAGAAGAAUGAAUGGGAUCCUGUUCUUCGAUGGAUUGAAAACCGAUAUGAUGUCAAAAUUGGCUCUUCCUCCAGUAUUAUGGGUCCUGAGAUCCCUGAAGAAACCAAAGACACAUUCCGACAACACCUAAAAUCCUACAACUUCUGGUCCCUGACUGGACUUGAGUACGUGAUCACUCAAUUGAAGUCUGUCGUCCUUUCAUUUGGGUUGAUUGACAGACAUCUAUCUGUGGAACAGGCAGUGCUGCUCUCGAGGCUGGAAGAGGAGUAUCAGAUUCAGCGAUGGGGCAAUGUAGAAUGGGCGCAUGACUAUGACAUGUAUGAACUGAGGGCACGGACUGCUGCUGGAGUGCUUUUUGUUCAUCUCUCCUCUGAGACUUCAACUGUCAAACGCAAACUUAUGCAGGACUAAGGAUGCGUGCAUAUUCAUUACACUGUGUAUGUAAAAGCAUCUCAAUAAGUUUUAUGAAAGUCAGUAUCAUAUAAGCCCUGCAUAUUGUUUCAAGUAAAACCAACCAGAGGGAUAAAGGCAAAUAUUGGUUGUCGUCUGAUCUUUUGUUGUGUAAUACAAGCUGUGUGCUGUCAUCUAUUGAGAUUGAAGUUGACCUUCAUUUGGUUAAGAAACGCAGCAAAUCAAAAUCAGCUCAAUAAUAAGGUGACUUCUGGUUUUGUUUACUUUGUUGAGAGCGCCAUUUGUUAUGCCUGCAUCUUUGUCUGCUUGACUGCAUUUAUUUCCUAUGAUAUUGCUGUCUAUGUAAACUGUUCUCCGCCUGUGGUUCUAAAAUAUUUCACUC